AUGUACCUAAGUUGCGAGAACCAAUUCAAGGUUAAGGGUGUGGUCUUUAUGUUGAGGGGCGAGGCUCUGAAUUGGUGGGACUCAGUAGCAGUGGCUGAAGACCAUGCUAACGUACCAAUUACGUGGGCAAGGUUCAAGGACUUGUUGUACGACUACUAUUACCCGAAGACCAUGAAAGAUAUGAAAGAGGCAGAAUUCCUCCAUUUCAGCCAUGGAACCUUAACGGUAGCACAGUAUGAAAGGAAGUUUACGGAGCUCUCUUGUUUUGCUCGGGAAUUAAUUCCCACUGAAGCAAUGAAAAUCAAGAGGUUUGUUAAGGGCUUACGCAAGGGAAUAAGGGGACCAGUGGACCUUCAACGACCCGCCACCUACGCUGAAGCAGUUAGGGGCACCUUAAUCAUGGAUAAUGAUGUCUCCAACAGUGUCCAACCUCUGGUGGAAGUCGGAUCAUCUUCAGGUGUGAAAAGGAAGGUUUCUCCGGCUUACGCCGACCAGCCAUUUAGAGCACCCCAGCGCCCGGCUCAGCAGCAGGGCCUGCCACCAGUGUGCCCCUCCUGCCAGAAAAGACAAGCGGGGCAGUGUUGGACGGGAAAUAGAGGUUGCUUCAGGUGCGGAAGGGAAGGGCAUUUCGCAAGGGAAUGUUCUAUGACGGCCGCGAAUACCCAGAGGCUAGGGCAGAGGGCUACCCCAACAGUUUCGACACAGGGAGGUACGGACUUAGUCCAUAAUGUACCUGCUUAUGUAUUGUUUGACUUGGGAUCGAGUCACACCUUCAUCUCUACUGCGUUUGUUCGUCAGGCAACCCUCGAACUAGAGCCGUUAGGGUUUCUGUUGUCAGUUUCUACACCUUCAGGGUCGGUUUUGAUUGCUAGUCAAAUGGUGAGAGCAGGUGAGUUAUCUUUUGACAAUCAGACACUAGAGGCAAGAUUGAUCCAACUGGACAUGCGGGAUUUUGACGUCAUUUUGGGUAUGGAUUGGCUAGCUACCAACCAAGCCAACAUUAAUUGCUCAAAGAGGGAAGUCUCUUUCCAACUACCUUCGGGUCGAAGCUUUACGUUUAAAGGAGUUUCGGGUGGAGUUCCAAGGGCAGUCUCAGCGUUGAAGGCAAGGCGCCUUUUAUACAAUGGUGCCUGGGAAUAUUUGGCCAGUGUCGUCGACAUUAGUGUGACUCCACCCAGCAUCGACUCCGCCCACGUGGUCAAAGUGUUUUCAGAUGUGUUCCCUGAAGACCUCCAGGGGCUACCUCCUAUCCGUGAACUAGACUUUUGCAUCGAUUUAUUGCCCGGGACAGCCCCUAUCUCGAAGGCACCAUGCCGCAUGGCUCCAGUGGAACUUAAGGAGCUCAAGGCUCAGCUGGAGGAGCUCUUAGACAAGGGCUUCAUUCGCCCGAGUGUGUCUCCUUGGGGUGCUCCAGUGCUUUUUGUAAAAAAGAAGGACGGAUCUAUGCGACUUUGCGUCGAUUACCGAGAGUUGAACAAGGUGACAACGAAGAAUAGAUACCCCCUUCCUCGCAUCGACGAGCUCUUUGACCAACUAGAAGGAGCGAGGGUGUUCUCGAAGGUAGACCUACGAUCGGGGUACCACCAGUUGAGAAUUAAGGAUGCCGACAUACCAAAGACAGCCUUCAAGACCAGGUAUUGGCAUUUUGAGUUUAGUGUAAUGUCCUUCGGACUCACUAAUGCCCCUGAGGCAUUCAUGGAUCUCAUGAAUCGGGUUUUUAAGGAAUUUUUGGACAUGUUUGUGAUCGUGGCCUUCCUUGGCCACAUAGUCACCAGGGAAGGUAUUGCCGUGGACCCGGCCAAAGUAGAGGAGGUCAGUGGUUGGCCAAGGCCUCGCACCGUGACCGAAAUCCGCAGUUUUCUCGGGCUAGCUGGCUAUUACAGGAGGUUCGUCCAAGAUUUCUCCCGGUUGGCGGCGCCCUUGACUCAGUUGACCCGUAAGAAUGCCACAUUCGCUUGGAGCGAUGGGUGCGAGAAGAGUUUUCAGGACUAA